AUUUUCCGUGGAGGGACCAACAGCCAGUUUCACGAAACACUUAGAGACGGAGUUCCAAUUCUAUCCUGCUUCUUCAAUUUGCCAGAUCUCAGCUGUCAUGAUUUGCCAUCUACAACCUACCAGACAUUCACGAUAGUGCGAUUAUUCGAUAGAUCGAGAGCAUGCGCCAGCAGAAGAAAGGAGCGCAAUGAACGGAACUCUCGGAGACAAAGAGCACAACGGCCAUGUUGUCGCAAAUGAUGCCGAAUCUACGCCCGAAUCGAAAUCUGCGACGACAAUUGCCAACGAUGAAGACCUUACCACCCGUGCCUUGCGAUUCCUAUCAACAGCUACCCCAGAGGCCAUAGGCGGCAUUGCCGUAGGGCUGGCGGCAUGCACAUACCUGGUAUUGGGACGGGUCGGUUUGGUAUUAAUUGGCGCAUUGGGAGGUGUGGUGUUACAUGCAACAUGGGAAGGGCAAAGUUCUGUCUUAAUUGAAGAGUUUCGGAAGGAGAAAGGACUGGAUAUCGUGAAGAGACUGUUGGACUUGCGAGACAGUCAAGAAAAAGAUGAGGAUGAAGAAGAAGAGUCCGCGGCUGUCAGCAAUAGCUUUGACGGUUUCCAGCCAGAAACAGGCGCGGCUCUCAAUGAACUUACAGACGCCGUUAUUCGAGACUAUGUGAAGUGGUGGUACGGUCCGAUCUUGCCAAAGGAUCAAUCAUUUCCAGCAGCAGCGAGACAGACCUUUGUCAAGCUGCUCCUAUCAAUUUCGUCGCAUCUAUCGAGAAAGAGACCUGCAGAUACCUUUCUCGAUUUUCUCACGAACUCCUCCUCGAUUGUCAUUGUCUUUCUGAACGAAUUAUCGUCUGCGUUCUCUGCUUCACAAGGCUCGAACGUCCCACCAGCUGAGGCUGUAUAUACCUACCUGUCCGCCAAUCCCGAGUCAAAUCUUGCCAAUGUUCUCAAUCAGAGACAGCAAGCUAAGAAGUUCAAGAUGGUUGCGGAAGACAUACUACAAAACUUCCUGGAGAAGUCAGCAUAUGAGUGUGAUCCUGCUAGAGUCUUUCUGCGAGAGGUUCUGGCUGGCUUAGUCUUAGAAAUGGCUUUGCAAACUUGUUCGAAGCCAGAGUGGCUGAAUGGAUGGAUUGUCUAUCUGCUAGAAGAAGGAGAGCCGGACUUCAGUCAAGCGAUAGACGCCGGCGUGGGUGGUGGGAAUGAGCUACUCAGCAGUCCAUUCAACGAUUUUGACGGGAAUGUUGGUAAUGUUGGCCUCGCUCGAGCACCAAAAAAUCAAGUGGAGAAGCAGAAGCAAGAAUCGAAGAAACAUAAGAAGCGCUUGAGUAAAGCAGAGGAAGCCAUGGAAGAGGCCAUGGAAGAAGCGAAGAGAUUGUCACAGCUAAUUGCGGACGAGGAUGCAAAGAAGAUCAAAGUCCCCGAAACCCCACUUGACGGUGCUCCUCAAGCUCUUGCGGAGGCGGUACAGCAGAAUGCCGAUUCCCUGCAUUUGAAUACGAAUCCGUUGACCAGAAGUCAACCAGCAAUUAUCCCAACGUCAAAUCAAACAUCAGCCACCAGAGACAACGGGAUAACAGACACCACUCCGCUUUCAGAAGUUACCAAUGGCAAGGCAAUUACUGGCAAUGCGUUCAGUGAACCUAAAUCUGCCACAUCCCAACAUCGUCCUAUGUCUAAAGCCUCCGAUUCUUCAUUUUCAGGCCAUUCAUCUGCUUCCCCUACGUCAACAAGAGGUAGUAAAGCCUUCACAAGCUUUGACCAGAUUAUCCCCCAGUCAGUACCUGUCGCUCUUCAAGAGGACUCGCCUCGAAGAAAACCAACACCUCUGACCCUCCACAAUGCAAAUGUCACCAUCCUCGAUGACUCGACAGGCACAGAAAAAGGCAGACUAAGAAGUAAACCGAAUGCAGAGCUGCUGAUUCAAGUAGAACCUGCUUCAUCUGAGCACCCAGGCUGGAUGACCAUUCGAAAAUACCCCGACUUCGAGCCUCUGCAUGAAAUUCUUCGGCGAAUUGCGCAGAUCGCAGGCGUGACCGCUUUCACAGAACAGCACCCGGUUUUGCCAAACUGGAAAGAGCAUACCAAAUCUUCUCUCAGAGGAGAACUCGAACGGUAUCUUCGAGAUGCUUGUUGGUACAAAGAACUGGCAGAGAGUGAUGCUAUGAAGAGGUUCCUCGAAAAGGAUCAAGGUAAUUCCAUGGGAGGGAAGAAUGGCUUCCCAGGCAUCGGGUGGCCAACCCCAUCUGCGUUCGAAUCUAUGGGCAAGGGCAUGCUAGAUGUUCUUGCAAGCGCACCUAAAGGCGUCGCACAAGGUGGGAAAGCAAUCGGUGGCGGUAUUACAGGAGUGUUCAACAAUAUUGGCAAUUUAGGCCAAAAGACCAAUGGUAGCUCCACCAAUAUGGGAAUGCACACUCCCAACCGCUCCUCGACUUCGACACUACCGAGGAUGGACAGCAUGAACUCCAUAUCAACACCUCGGGCUAGUAGAAUCAGUGAAGAUAGUCUUCGGGCGACGCCUGUCGUGAGCACUCAACCGACAACGCUUCCACCCAUGGAGAGAAGACCAAGUUACAACUCUAUCGCAGAAGAGGAAGGUGAACGAGAACCUCGCACAGCGACAUCGACGAGAUCAUCAAUGAGUGGUCGCCGAAGUACAACGCAGAGUCGAGAACCAAGUAGAGCUCCAUCAAGGAAAAGCACACCUCUAUCGUCUCCGAUACAAGGGACGAUAGGUGAAAUGAAACUACCGCCUCCUCCAAGUGAGAUGGCUGAAGAUUACGGCUCUCAAACAGAUGUAUCUACCGCUCAGUCUCGAUCAGAGAGCAUCUUACCUCCUUCACGGACAUCUACGAGCACUGCUCCUUCCCAGCAUUCGCCGGCUCGCCCAUCAAUGUCGUCAUCCCGAAGACCUUCUAUCCCAAUCACGAACCUUCCACAAGCGGCAGCACUGCCCCGCAGACCUCGGAAGGAAGCAACUCCUCUCAGUGAGGCCGAAACCCGUGUAGCGGUCGAGCUUCUUUUCGCAGUCAUUAACGAGAUGUACACGCUAUCUUCAGCGUGGAAUAUCCGCCGGACUCUGCUCACAGCUGCUAAAACAUUCCUCCUACGACCUGGAAAUCCUUCGCUCUCGUCUAUUCAGACCCUUAUACAAGACUCUGUCAUCGCAGCCAACACUACGGAUACCGGCAUUGCUACCCAUCUUCGCAAGCUCAGAGAAAAUACUUUACCUACAGAAGAAGAGCUGAAAGGUUGGCCCGCAGAGAUGAGCAACGAAGAGAAAGAGCGACUGCGAAUCAAAGCUAGAAAACUGCUCGUAGAGCGAGGCGUACCCGCUGCAUUGACUGGCGUCAUGGGGCAAGCUGCUACUGGAGAGGCAAUGGGACGGAUCUUCGAUUGUCUGCAAGUCGAGGAAGUUGCUAGGGGCUUGAUGUUCGGACUGUUAUUGCAAGGUCUCAGGGCUGUCACACAAUAGUGACUUGGUAGCUGGCGUUUGAGUGUUUAUAUAGGACGGGCAAGCGACGAUACCUUCGUCUAGAGUGGUACCUAGAAGGUUAUAGGCGCGGUAGAUGUUUUAGGGCUUGCGUGUAUGAUAUCUGUAUAUUAUAUGACGGGCGGUUCGUGACGACCCUGCAUGGCAUUCAGCAUGAUUGCAUUCGCGCAUUUGGCGAGCCUGGUACUUUUUGUAAUUGUUGAGAUAAUGCAUUCG